AGGCGUUCUGAGAAAGAAACGCCGGUGAGUCAGUGCGCGACUACCGAUCGCGAGCCAUCCAGCUUCAACAAAUAUAUUCUGUUUACUAUCAAACUGGUCGUCCUUCAAGAAUCUUGCUUAUUAAUAGAUCUGGAAGGGAGGAAAGAAAAACAAAGAAUUAACGAAAAAUUCAGAGGAAUUUGAGAAAAAGAUAAGACAAGACUCAUCAAGAGGCAACUAAAAAUCAAGGACAACGACUGAGAUCAGGAAUGACGAAACGUUCUUUAUUCGCAAAAUCUCUUUUCCUCGCCAUAUUCUUUGUGAAUAUUCACGAGUAUCGCGCCGCUUAUAAUAAUGUAAAGGUUACAGUGGAGCCGCUUCAUCCCAUAGGAUUGCGCAUGUCGAUUCCUGACGAACAGGGAAUUAAAUUAGUGGCCUUCCACGCCAAAAUCAACGAGAAUUUCAAUGGCUUAGAAGCAGGAACAAUAGCGAGAGAUAUUCUCACAGUUCGUGAUGGACGUUGGACUUAUCAGGAUAGCCAUACUCAGUUAGAAAGAGACGACAUUAUUUAUAUGUGGAUUCACGUAAUAUAUCGGGGCCUUGGUUACAAUACAGUUAAUAAAUCACAUCGGGUUACUGAUUUUUAUAAUGAUGAUGGCACUAAAUAUACCGGCGACAAAGACCAAGAUGAAACCUGCACGGGAACAUCGGUUACAUGGGUCUAUGAAAACGGCGGACAACGACAAGCCUGUUCUCAAGAAUUACUCUUCGAAGACCAUUUUGACACUAUCAAUACCACAACCUGGAAUUCGAUUAAUCGUUUUGCCGGUGCGCCGGAUUAUGAAUUUGUUAUCUACAUGACCAAUGAUGUAACGGAUACAAAGAACGGUUGGUUGCGCAUCACGCCGAUUCCUUUAGAGACUAAAUUCAGCAACGAGGGAUUUAUAUUGAAUGGAGAAUUGGAAGUGGAAGGUUGCACAGAACAGGUUACAAGUGAUUGUCGUCGUCGAGCUAUCGGCUCGUUUAUCUUACCACCGGUGAUUUCGGGACGUCUUAAUACAAAGGGGAAAUUCGAAUUUCUCUUCGGACGCAUCGAAAUAAAAGCCAGAUUGCCGCGUGGUGAUUGGGUAUAUCCUCUGUUAACCCUGGAAAGCGCCGAGAAUACGUGGGAGUUUGGACUCCAUCGCGAGAUUAGGAUCGCAUCUUCAAUGGGCAACGAGGCGUUAACAACACCCGAUCACAAAGAUAUUAGCGGUCAUAUAUUAAGAGCAGGUGGAUUGACCUCUUCCUUAAAUGAGAGUGGUAGUACUAACUGGUCUAAACUGCCCAAGAGACUAUCGAGCAAGACUUGGGCAGACGAGCCCCACAUCUUCGAGAUCGAAUGGAGCAGCGGUCUCAUCGUAGUAAAGGUCGAUGAAGUGGAAUACGGCCAACAGACUGUGGAUACAGCAUUUGGCAAACAGUCAUAUUUGACUUUGGGUAUUGGUGUUGGAGGUAUUCACGAAUUUCCGGAUUACGUCACGAGUAGUGGCUAUACUAAGCCAUGGCGAAACGUCGAUGCACAGGCGACAUAUAAGUUUUAUCAAGCAAAAGACAAAUGGCAUCGCACAUGGAACACUGAUACAGCCCUUAAAGUGGAUUAUGUGAAAAUAUGGGCAUUAUAAAUAUGUUUGUCUUUGUAAAACAAUUCAUCCACUCAACUAGUUCCAUCGAUUACAUGUAUCAAGUGCACUUGCAUGCGUGUGUUGUGGAUCAAAAGAAAUUUUUACCAUCUUUAAAAGGAAGUAAAGGUGGAGUCAAGAAAGUACUCGGCACAGGUUGCAAUCUACCUAGUCGAAUAUCAGGACCAAGACCGUUCCCCAACUGCUCGAUGAGCCACUCUCCACGAUAUCCG